AAUUAAAGGCGAGAAGAAUGGUGAGAAUGAAGAUGACGUCCCCUUCCGUAUCUCUCUCCUACUCAGCAGUAGCGUAUGCUCUCCGCUAUCGUGCGCCUUUUAGUUCUCCUCCUCCUUCAGCCUUCACUCCUCACCUCCAUCUCCACCGCCAUCAUAAGCUUCGCCCACCUUCUGUCUUAUCCGCCUCUUUCGUCCUCGUCUCUUCCUUCUUCCGUCUCCCGUCGCCCAACCUCUUCACGGGGAAUUCUCUCUUCUCUGCCAUGGAGGUCAUGAAAUGGGCCUAUGUGUUAUCCAUUAUUUCAAUAUUGGUUUGUGUUUGUCCACAGCAAUUUUGGAGUGGAAGCACUUUGAAUGGAAAUAAGGGAAUGACCGAUCAGUUGACAAGGUAUGGCGUGAUCAAAUCAGAGAAGGUAGCGGAAGUAAUGCUAAAUAUUGACAGGGCUUUGUUUGUGCCUGAGGGUACACCACCUUACAUUGACAGCCCAAUGAGUAUAGGUUACAAUGCCACUAUCUCUGCACCCCACAUGCAUGCCAUGUGUCUCGAAUUGUUGGAGGAUAGGUUGCAACCGGGCAUGCAUGCCUUAGAUGUUGGUUCAGGAACUGGGUAUCUCACAGCUUGUUUCGCACUAAUGGUUGGACCACAAGGUCGGGCAGUUGGUGUGGAGCAUAUCCCCGAGUUGGCUGCCUGGUCUAUUAAGAAUGUUGAGAAAAGUGCAGCUGCUCCAUUGUUAAAAGAAGGAUCCCUCUCACUGCACGUUGGUGACGGGAGGAAGGGUUGGCCAGAGCACGCCCCAUAUGACGCCAUCCACGUGGGAGCAGCAGCAGGUGACAUUCCGCAAGCACUCAUCGAUCAGCUGAAGCCAGGUGGCAGGAUGGUCAUUCCGGUGGGAACCUUCUUCCAGGACUUGAAGGUGGUGGACAAGAAUUUAGAUGGCAGUGUCAGUGUUCGAAGUGAGACUUCUGUGAGAUACGUUCCCCUGACGAGUCGAGAAGCUCAGCUAAGCGGCUCUUAAGACUGUUCUCGUCUCUCUGCAGUCUGCACUUUGGCUGUGUGGGUCGAACUGCAUAUGUAAUUAGCUUCUUGUUUUUAUCUUACUUUGGCUCUCUGUAUAGGUGGUGCUACCUUCAAAUCCUAGCUAAUGGGAGUGGUAUUUCAAUAAGAUGGCUUUUAUACUAGUCUGCUAAUUGGAGUAGUAUUUAAAUAAGAUGGCUUUUAUACUAUUCUGAAUAUUUUAUAAUGUGUGUUUGUUGAUCUAUGUAAUGGCAAUCGUUAUACUA